AUGAUUAACAACUCAGUCAUUUUAUUUCCUUUAAAUCGCAGGUUUUUUAAAAGAAUCCUUACCGUUAAUUAUUAUUCUACCUAUAUUUCAAAGGAUUCCAAUAUUCUAAACAAAUUUGGAUACUAUACCAAACCUUCUUCAUUGAUUUCUCAUUCACCAUUUAAUUUUUGUAAAUAUAAAUCUUAUUCUAUUGCACAUCAUCUCAAUGACAAAAGGGUGGACUUUACACAUCUUCCACUGCCCUCAGGCUAUGUUAAUAGUUUAAAGUCUGUAGGAAUCAAAGACUUAAAGCUGUUUCAAUAUGUAAUAUUGAAGUUGUUAACCGACAAUAUACUGGUAAAUUCUGAUUCAACAACAUAUACAAACUUCCUGAGGUUGGUUUUAUAUAAUGAACCAGGUUUGGGUCAGUCGAUGGGCGCGUUGAUCCCACUGUUGUACAUCUAUUCUCACAAAUACAGGGGUUCGUCCUCAUCGCAUCCCAAGGGUUCAUUGCUGGUUUUGUGCUCUGGGAAUAGUUGCCACAAAGUAUCAAAUUUACUUCUGGGAAUUGACGCAUCAGUGAAGUGUUUGGUACUUGAUGAGUCCAGUGCUCAUCUCAGGGAUUCCAGUAAAAUCGGACAUGAUUUUGUCCCAGCUUCUAAAGAUUUUUUCAGCAAAUGGAGGACGAAUUUGGUUCUUCUUUCAGGAGUCUCAUGCCUAUUAUUUGACGACUUCUCAGACUUAGAGGACUAUAACGUUUUCAAUCGCAACUUAAAGGUCAUUAGAGAUUCGAAAAAUAUUAAUAUGAGUGAUUUGGAAUGCAGUAAAGAUUUUCACAUUGUAUGUUUGGUUAGUUCACUGGGCGAUAAGUUCCCUGAGUUUUCAAGAACCAAUUUGUCAAAUUAUGCACUCUAUGACUUUAAAUUCGGCACUAAGCAGAGGUUAAUUUCCGACGAUAGAACAGACGUGUUGAAAGUGGACUCGGAUUUCGGCCAGGCAAAGGUCAUCAAUUUGGAGUCAGAGGAGAGCCUGGAGAAUAGAAAUAUUGAGCACUCGAUAUGCAAGGUGUCGAAGGGAGAGAAGUACGACAGAGUGGCGGUGCUGAGAAACCUGGUGUACGCGUACCUGGACCUUCCCACCUUCAUGCACACCCAGGCGCUGCCGCCGUGCCUCAAGAAACCGACUUCGAAGUCGAAGUGCAUCAUUUUCGUGUCUAACAGGAAACAGUUGACGAAGCUGGCGAACACCCAGGAGUUCUCUAACCUGUGCGUGUAUCUGGGAAGGCACUUGAACGUGUAUGAGCGGGCCAAAUCGAUCUCGUCCUUCAAUAACGGCUCGAAGCCCAUCAUGAUAGCGACAGACAACUCAGUUUAUGGGUCGAUCUUCGAGGAUGUGUCGCACGUAUUUAACUUCAAUCCGCCGAAAACGGCAGAAUCCUAUAAAUCAAGGGCCGCAUUUGCGAGGAAACAGGAGUCACUGUGCGUGACACUCUAUAGCAAAGACCAGUACCACAACCUCGUGUCAGUCAUAAGGCAAGUUGUCAAGAAGAUUUCGGUGCACAUCGUGCCUUCCCAAGAGUACAUGGUCAAGCACGACUUGAAAUGGCUCAAAAACUUCACUGACCAGAUGAUAAGAGGGAACAGGAACCUGGUAUCCCCGUACUUGAAGAAGUCCGAGGACCUAUUGUCCAGGUUCGGGGAGUCGGUUAUUUUGAGCUGCGCCAACCUCCUUCUAAGGGACAAGGCCUUUGCUGAGGAUGCUGUUGACAGCGGCAUACUUACGAACUCGAUAUUGUCUGGGAGGGCUGGCUUUACGGCUGUAGUCCUCAACGACGUUUCCAAGCAGUGCAUCAACGACGAGUCCGACAUCAAGAAGUUAUUUUCAAAGUAUGUGCCGGAUUCUAAGGUAAGUUCGGCCCUGGGAAAGUGCUACAAGACGGAAGCUGGGUACAUUGUUGACGUCUCGGACAAAUACAUUAGGAAUUUCAUUGAGCUGUCGAGGGACAAUCAGGACGUGUACGUUCAAGUGGCCACCGAAGUGCCCAAAAUCGUGCUGAAUAACCCACACAUCGGGAAGGUUCACAAAAAGGGGCUCCCUUGGAACUCGAUAGAUGCCGAUGCAAGUACCUGUUCACAACAUUUUGUUAAUGUUGAACUUGUACUGUUGUGCUCACAACAAUGUUCAUUUUUAGUGCUAGAAUUGGUUAUUAUUUCAUAA